AUGUCAUUAUUUAAUACAAAGUAGUUCUGGGGAACAAGAGUAGGUCCUGAAGAAUUUGAUGAAUAGCAUCUCUAUGUAGACAAUUCAAUAAUUUAUGUUGGCUCUUAUUCAGGUAAUUUGAGAAUCUAUUAACCUCAAAGAGGUGAUUAUAAUGCAAGACAUCUAAAAUAAGAAAUCAAUUUGCAAGAUCCUAUUUUAUAAAUCCUGAUAGGCUUUUUUGGUAAUAAAUCUUUAUGUGUCUUAUUUCCUAAAAGAGUAGUAUUUUACAAUUUAGAUAUGGAAAUACUAAAAGAACAUAAGUUACAAAGAAAUGGAUUCAAUAUGUGUUCAGGUUAGUUUGGAUAAGGAAGAAAAGAUUUAAUUUGUAUAUAAAGUUGUGAUGCUUGUUUAAUGAUCUAUGAAUAAGAAUAAUUACUACACAUUUGUUAAUUGAGUACAGAAUAUUUCCCUUUACCUGGUCCAAUUGUUUAUUCAUAAUAAUUAGAUUCUUUUAUUUUGUAAAAUAGUUGUUAUGAAUUGGAAUCCUAUAAAUAUGCUAAUUUAUGUACUCUUUAAAAGAAAAGAGCAUAACCUAAUUGGACACUUAAUUUAGGAGAAUAAGCUUAGAAAAUAAUUGAAAUUCCAUCUUAGAAUAUCUUUUAUGUUAUAUGUGAAUAGAUGUUAUUCUAAGUGUAAUAAAGUGGAAUUAUAUUCCAUUAAAAAAGAUUGGAUUAUCCUCCUGCUUCUAUUUUAGUAACUGAUAAUAAUAUAUUAAUCAUAACUUCUUUUACACAUCAUUUAAUGAUUUAUAAAGAUUUAAAUUUAGUAUGGGCAGCAAAGACAGAUCAUGUUUGUCAUGGUAUUUCUAUUGGAAAAUUUGAUGAAAUUGAUAAAUUGCUUGUAGUCUUAAAUGAUGAAGGAUAUCUACAAGUUAUAUAUUUAGGAACUGAACAAAUAUCUAUUUAAAAAUAAUUUUAAGUUGAACAAUAACAUUCUUAUUAAGAUUUAAAUGAAUUAUAUACAUCUACACUUUAAGAAAUCUAAAUCAAAGAAGGCAAUCCUAUUCUUGAAUAAACUUCAAAGUCUUCAUUGUAGAUUAAUGCAGAAAUUAUCAAAUUAGCACCCACUAGAGAUUUUAUAGAAGAUAAAGAAGAUUACUUAUAAGUUGAAUCCCUAGUUAUUCAAUGUUUAAUCUAUUUGAAUAUAACUUCAAAAUAACCAAUAGAAAAUUUAUAAAUUUAAUUGACAUAUGAUGAAUCUAUCUAUAUCAACAAUCCUAGAUUUGAAAUCAAUGUUUUAUAGGGAACUAUCAUACAUGAAUUUAAUGUUUAUUCUACAAAAAAUUUUCCAAUAGAUAGAGUCGUUAAAGUACUGUGUAAUCAUAAAAAUGGAUGUUAUCAAACAGAAUUUACUUUACCACUUAAUCUCUUUUGUUAUAUGAUAUAACCAGAAAAAAAUGCUAAAUACAAAAUUACAGUUAAUGUAAAUAAUUUAUCAAUUUACAACGUAUUUAAAGAUAUAAAACCCAUAGAUUCAUCUUUAUUGAAUUAAAGUUUAAUGACACUAUAAUUGACCGAAUCUACUGUCUCUAUUCUUGCAAAUAAACAAAAUGAUAGAUGGAGACUUUAAAGUGAUAAUUUUGAAGCUAUUUGCUUUAUAUUACAUGAACUUAUUGUCAGAGAACGUGAUAAUGUUAAAUAUACAGAUGAUGUUCCUUUGAAAGAUAUUUUUGAUGUUAUUGAUGAACAUUUUACAUUAAAAUUAUCUUUAAAAGAAUAUCAAAAAGAUUUAGAAUAAAAGGCUACUGAAUUUAGAGCUAUUUAAAAGAAGAUAUUAUAAAGAUUUAAAGAAAAUAAUCCAGCUUCAGUAGAAUCAAUGAAUUCACUUUUAGAAUUAAGUUUUUAAUAAUUUAUUUAAUUGAUGGAUAAUACAUAAAAAUGUUAGAAUAUUUUCUAAAUUUUACAACAUAACUUAUAAUGUAUGAUUCAUUUAAUGUUAUUAUUAUGUUAUUUAAGGUUCAAGAUUACUCAAGAAUAAUUGGAAGAAUUAAGAAGGCUCUUCCGUUGUGAGAAGGUAAUUUUAUAUUAUUUUAAUUAGGAUUGGGAGGAAGAAGUUUUUAUAAAUAUAAAUUAUUACUUAAAAGGAUAAAUUCCUGAUGUUGUACAUGAGAACACUUAGAAAAUAAAAAAAAUAAUUACAAUGUUAAUUGAUAAAUUAUCUAAAUUAUGA